AUGAGUGCUGCAGUGUCAGGGCGUGUGGCGGCGAAUCUCCGGCGGCACAGCAUCGUCCUCCCGGCCGUCGCCGCACCCGUCGCGAAUUACCUGCCGUACGUGCGCGUCGGCUCGCAGCUGCACAUCUCGGGGCAGCUGGCGAAGGACGGCGACGGGAAGCUCGUCACCGGGCAGUUGGGCGCGCCGCUGACGGUGGCGGAGGGGCAGGCGGCGGCGCGGCUCUGUGCACUGCAGCUGGUCAGCCAUAUGCAGGCCGCGGUGGGUGACCUUGACCGCGUGCGGAAGCUCGUGAAGCUCAACGUGUUCGUCAACUCCGCGCCGUCCUUCACGGAGGCCCCUUUCGUCGCGAAUGGCGCCUCCGACGUGAUGGUCGAGAUCUUUGGGGAGGAGGUGGGGCGGCACGCGCGGUGCGCGGUGGGUGUUGCACAGCUGCCGUUGGGCUCCGCUGUCGAGGUGGACGCGUUGGUGGAAGUCGCAGAGGACCUCGACACACAGCCGUGA